CUGUGGACACAGUACAGGAGAUGGCCAGAGACUGCGGACACAGUACAGGAGAUGACCAGAGACUGCGGACACAGUACAGGAGAUGGCCAGAGACUGCGGACACAGUACAGGAGGAGAUGGCCAAAGACUGCGGACAUAGUACAGGAGAUGACCAGAGACUGCAGACAGUACAGGAGAUGACCAGAGACUGCAGACAACACAGGAGAUGACCAGAGACUGCGGACACAGUACAGGAGAUGACCAGAGACUGCAGACAACAGUACAGGGGAUGACCAGAGACUGCGGACGUAGUACAGGAGAUGAUGACCAGAGACUGCGGACGUAGUACAGGAGAUGAUGACCAGAGACUGCGGACAGUACAGGGGAUGACCAGGGACUGCAGACAGUACAGGGGAUGACCAGAGACUGCAGACAGUACAGGGGAUGACCAGAGACUGCAGACA